UCCCCUUACGGGGGGCCCGUGGGCUUGAAAAGGGGGUCCACAGGGAGGGUAACGAUUUGGAGACAGAGCAUCGUUGCAUUAGAUCGACAGCUUAAGUCGUACAUUUUUUUAGUUCGGUCUGAAAUCUCCAUUAAAAUCAAAAAGUCCUACGCAGGGCACACAGUUCAAAAUAAGCAUUUCAAAGUAAAUGUAUUUAGAAUGAAAUGAGAAUAGUUUCAUAAGGCACAGGACUGUGAGAACACAUCUAAGGAAAUGAAAAGAAGACAGAAUUUAUCACAAAAUGUUAAGCAAAAGAGGACUAUGAGCCUCACAACUGAGAAAGAGACUUCUCCAGGUUUAUUGCCAAGUGGCAAUAGUAUCACUGUGGCCACUACAAAGAAACAACUGAAAAAUCCAAGCAGCUCUCAAGAAAUGUCAUUGCAGCAAAAAAAGCAUUUCAGCUACACACAGUACAAUAGUGAUUUGCUUAACUUUUUAAAUGAUGACCGACAAAAGUUGUUAUCUUUCUGUGAUUUGAACAUUAUUGUCAGUGGAAAGCAAUAUAGUGCACACAAGGUGGUGGUUGCAUUUGGCAGCAGCUAUUUCCAUGCUCACUUGAGUAAAAAUCCAAAUAUUAAUCACGUGACGGUGGAUCACGUGGCAGAUUCUGUGUUCCAGCAUUUAUUGCAGUUUUUGUACACAUCAGAAUUUUUAAUUCAUGACAGUGAAAUCCCCUCUCUUCUUGAAGCAGCCAAGUUUCUUGAUAUGAUUGAAGCUGUGAAGGUGCUAAGCAGCAAGGAGUAUUCAGUAGUUUCACUGCAUGAACAGGAAGUUGCAGAAGAAAUACCUUGCAGUGAGUCAUCACAAACAGCAUUAGAGUCCAUCUCUAAGAUUCCUAGUAAUAACCAGUGUACUUUCUGCAGUCGAACUUUCUGCUACAGAAAAUCAUUAGAAAACCAUUUGGCUAAGUCUCAUAACAAGGGUGAAAAGUCCGAAGAAGAUUGCCGAAAUUCAGAAACAGACUCACUCCAGAUGACAAGAAGGUCUGCACGAACCCGGAAGUGCCCAGCAAAGUUUGACCAAAUCGACAAUGAAAGUGGCAGCUUGUCGGAUGAAAACAGUCUGAGCAGAGUCUUCAGUGAGGAUGAGAAAUCUAACCCCACUGAAAUGGAGGACAGUGAGAAUGUGUCUGAUGAGGAGGAAGAUGCUGAAAAUGAGGAAAGUUCUGAUGAAAGUGGAGCAGAACAUCAGAGUAACAAUGAGGAAGAAGAUCAGAAUAUUGAUGCUGAAGUCCCUGAUCAUGAUUACCCUGAAGGACUGGCUCCAGUCAUCAUUCACAGCGCUAACAAGAAAACUCUCAAAUGCCCUAAGUGUAAUAAAACAUUUGACAGAGCAGGAAAGUAUGAAAGUCACACCCGUGUUCAUACAGGAGAGAAGCCUUUUGAAUGUGAUAUUUGCCAUCAGUGUUAUUCAACUAAGUCAAACCUAACUGUUCACAGGAAGAAACAUAACAAUGAAGCACCCUUUCAAAAAAAAGAACACAAGUGUCCAUUCUGUAAUAAGCUACAUGCAAGCAAGAAAACUCUAGCUAAGCAUGUUAAGAGGUUUCAUCCAGAUCACAUUCAGGAAUUUCUUUCUAUGAAGAAGAGAAAGAGUGAAGGAUGGAAAUGUGAUAUUUGCAACAAAUCCUUUACACGUAGACCACACUUAGAGGAGCAUAUGAUCCUUCACACACAAGACAGACCCUUCAAAUGUUCAUAUUGUGAUGACCACUUCAAGUCAAGAUUUGCAAGACUAAAGCAUCAAGAAAAGUUUCAUUUAGGCCCGUUCCCAUGUGACAUUUGUGGUCGACAGUUCAAUGACACUGGAAAUCGAAAACGACACAUUGAAUGCACGCAUGGGGGAAAAAGAAAAUGGACAUGUUUCAUUUGUGGAAAAUCUGUCCGUGAAAGGACAACACUGAAGGAACAUUUGAGGAUUCACAGUGGAGAAAAACCUCAUCUUUGCAGUAUCUGUGGACAGAGUUUUCGACAUGGGAGCUCCUAUCGGCUUCAUCUUAGGGUCCACCAUGAUGAUAAGCGAUAUGAAUGUGAUGAGUGUGGUAAAACUUUCAUACGACACGACCAUCUCACAAAGCACAAAAAAAUACAUUCAGGAGAAAAAGCUCACCAGUGUGAAGAGUGUGGCAAGUGCUUUGGCCGUCGGGAUCACCUUACUGUUCAUUACAGAAGCGUUCAUCUAGGUGAAAAGGUUUGGCAGAAAUAUAAAGCAGCCGUCCACCAAUGUGAAGUUUGUAAGAAAGAAUUCAAAGGAAAGUCAAGCUUGGAAAUGCAUUUCAGGACGCAUUCAGGGGAGAAACCUUAUAGAUGCCACAUUUGUAAUCAGAUGUUCAGAAUUAAGAAGACUUUAACGAAACACAUGGUGAUUCACUCAGAUGCACGCCCAUUCAACUGUCCGCAUUGCAGUGCCACAUUUAAACGGAAAGACAAGCUGAAAUACCACAUCGAUCAUGUCCAUGGAACCAAAGCUGCAGAACAGCCAACAGCAGAUCAAUUGGAGGACAAAAUGGUUUCUUUGCCUGUGCCAUACGACGGCAAAGUCUAUCAUCCUGAGCAGUCCAAGGUCUAUCGGCCUGAACCAAAGACAAUACUGCAAAAUGUAUCCUCAGACGUAUGUGUGCCUGUGACACUUGUCCCAGUUCAGAUGCCAGAUGUUUCCAGCCAGACUGAUCUUGUAAGGCACACUACUCCUCUGCCUGCCCAGUCACAUAACAUCCUCUCUCCACAGCCCCAGGGUCAGCAGACAGAGUACCAACCAGCUACAGAUCUGGUCUUUUUAGAGAAAUACACUCUAACUCCCCAGCCAGCAAACAUUGUUCAUCCAGUUCGUCCUGAUCAGAUUUUAGAUCCCCGGGAGCAGUCUUACUUGGGAACUCUGCUAGGACUUGAUACCUCUGCAGCUGUACAAAACAUAUCUAACUCUGACCAUGGUCAGUAACAUGUUUAUAGUCGUGAAAUGUACAGUAUAGGUACUUGAAUCCUACAUGUUCUCUUUCUAUUCAAAAUAAGGUCCUUGCACAUUCUCGGGCAUGAAAAACAUCCCAUGAACUAGUUAAAUUUCAUCUCUUCAAAAUGUGGUCUUUUUUGUUUCGUAUCCUGAAAUCCAAAGAAUUAUUUCUUCCUUUUUUAUCCACUAUCUUACCCACUACCCACUACUAGAGGAUAGAGGAUAGAGGGUAGAGGAUGGAUAGUGGAUAGUGGAUAGUGAAAAUACACUUUUCAUAAAAUGUCAGUAUCUUCACUGUUCGUGAUUGGGAGUGCUCAAAAGAAAUCUGAAGGUUUUAAAGACAGUAUUCAGUAUUGCAGUGGACCAUGUGAAAGAAUUUGCAAACCAAUUCCUGCAUGGUGAUAGUGACUCUUUGUAGCUGAAAUGCUUUUAUUCCUGAUUAUAAAAACAUUUAGUUUUAGGUUCAGAAUUCCCAUCUUGCAAGGCUAGUUUGGAGCUAUCUGAUAAUUCCACAAAUCUCUGCUGGUGCAGAGAAAGCUAUGUCUGAAUGAGAAUGGGUAUGUUCAGUGUAGAGACAGAAUGAUGCAAAACAUCAUUGUAGGAUGCUUUGGAUUUGUUGAUCUAACAAGACAAAGACUUUGAUAUGGUAAUACCCGAUAUGUAUGAAUGUUAUUGUAUAUUAAUGGCAUUUGAAACAAUAACUUAACAAUGCAUUUAUUAAAAUGAGAGCUUUAAAUGUUGUUUUAUACAUGUUCAUGUUGUGCUACAGCAUGAUACGUAAGAUUAAAAUUUCACAAACCAUGAAAUCCAGACAUUUUGAACUCUUAUUAUUGUGAAAUUUACAAUAAUUAACCAAGCAUUUGGUAGGAUCAUAUAAAUAAAGCAGUUACUUUUAACUUUGAA